AUGCGGGAACUCAAAAAUCUCAGAGAUGGAGUUGCUGGGGUGAGAGUAACGUCAGCUGGGAUCACAAGAUGUAUCAGCACACCGGCCGGUCAUUACCUCCUCAGACACCGCCCAUUUCUGGGACCGACCGACCCAUCACCAGCUCAGAUCGUAUCAAAACAGUGCGUCCGAUGUCUAACUCAAGGUUCUCCGAUGCUAAGGGCAUAUGAAAAAGACGAGGGCGCCUUUUCCUGUAGUCGUUCUUGUCCAUCUUCUGGCCGGCUGUCUAACUGGCAGUGUAAUACGGCAACUGAUACUUGGAGGAAAAUUGAUUAUGGAUUCAAACGUCUGAAGGAUGCACACACCUCCUUGGACGAUGAAAACGUCUGCUUGAAGAACCGCUGCGCUUCGUUGAAAAAGUCUGUCAAGCGUCUAAAGAAAAGUUUGGUCUACUUGAAAGACAAGAUCAAUGAACUGACUGACAAGGUUACAGACCUUUCCAUGCAUGUACUGACUCUGUCCAAUCGCGAGAUCCAGCUUGGAGAAAGAAUUAUGCAACUGGAGGCGAGCAAUGCACAACUGGAGGCAAGCAAUGCACAACUGCUUGCAAGAAAUGCUCAACUGGAGAAUGAAAGUAAUGCACGUGAGAUGAACAAUGAAAAUGACCUGUGA